GGGUGAGGAAAAAAAAAAAGAGGUGGGUUCAACUGGAGUCCCUGCGGCCGCCGCCGCCGCUGCCGCCGCCGGACGGCCCCCGCCCCUUCCCCGUCCGUCCGCUUGCAGCAAGGCCCGGGCGGCCCAGUAGCAAUGGCCUUGGCUUGACAGAGCCUCCCGGGCGGCUGGGAGCGUGUGGACUGCAGGGCCAGACGAGCCCCGCGGGAACCCGGGGAACCAGAGACCCCGCCCCGGCGGCAGUGAGCGCGGCGGGGCCCCGAGGCCUCGGGCCGGCUCAGCAGCGGCGCCAGCAGGAAGCGGGGACCCCGGGCCCCUUUGUGUGCAGGGCGGGGGAGGGGUGGCGGGCAGCCCCCAGCCGCGAGGCCCCCGCCCCUUCCCGCGUGGGGGUGCGCGGCAGCUCUCCACCCUCGCUCGGCCGCUCGCCGGUGCUCCCUCCUCCCCACGCCCCCCGGGCCGCCUUGGGUUCCUAUAGGAAGGGCACCAGCAUCCCAUCCCCACCCACCCGACACUUGGCUCUUUUCCCCUCCCCCUCCUGUAACUUCCUCCUCUUCCCCGGUUGGGCCCUCCGCCUCUCCGCACUCUCCUCCCCAGUUCGCACAUUUCCGCCCACCUUCCGCCUGGCCUUGCGGCAGCGCAGCUAGCGGGGUAUUAUUUUUCCCCCCCUUGGGUAGGAGUUGGUGAAGGUGAGACUCAUGAGGGAAUACAAGGUUGUGGUGUUAGGGAGCGGAGGGGUUGGCAAAUCUGCCCUCACUGUGCAGUUUGUCACUGGGACUUUCAUUGAGAAAUAUGACCCCACCAUUGAAGAUUUCUACCGCAAAGAGAUCGAAGUGGACUCUUCCCCGUCAGUACUGGAAAUUCUGGACACCGCCGGAACUGAGCAGUUUGCCUCCAUGAGAGAUCUGUACAUCAAAAACGGCCAAGGUUUCAUCCUGGUGUAUAGUUUGGUUAAUCAACAGUCUUUUCAGGAUAUCAAGCCAAUGAGAGAUCAGAUUGUGAGAGUGAAGAGAUACGAGAAAGUUCCACUAAUCCUAGUAGGAAACAAAGUGGAUCUGGAACCAGAAAGAGAGGUGAUGUCUUCUGAAGGCAGAGCCCUGGCUCAAGAAUGGGGCUGUCCUUUCAUGGAAACAUCAGCAAAAAGUAAAUCAAUGGUGGAUGAACUUUUUGCUGAGAUCGUCAGGCAAAUGAACUAUUCAUCCCUGCCCGAGAAGCAAGAUCAGUGCUGUACAACUUGUGUUGUCCAGUAAAAAAGAAAACCUCAAACAUGGCCAUACCGAGCAG